GAUAACCUCGGUUCAAAGCACACAUGGGCAGAGCCCUAUCUGUCCUGCCUGUCCUUUUCUCCAAGGAGUCCAAAGGAUAAAGCCCGGUUAUAAAAAGCCACGGCCAACCCGCUGGGCUGUGAGUGAAGCUCUGCUGUCUCACAAUGCCGCCCACAUGGAUCACCGGCUUUCUCCUGCUGGCCACAGUCAGAGGAAUGGAGAUCUGCUAUGGACCUUUAGGCUGCUUUUCUGAUGAAAAACCAUGGGGCGGGACCCUUCAACGGCCUUUAAAGAUGUUUCCCUGGGCCCCCCAGGACAUUGACACCCAAUUUCUUCUGUUCACAAACGAGAAUCCGAACAACUACCAACGGAUUUCUCCCACGGACCUAUCCACCAUCGAGGCUUCAAACUUCCAACUGGGCCGAAAGACGCGCUUCAUCAUCCACGGCUUCAUAGACAAGGGGGAGGAGAGCUGGCUGAUCGACAUGUGCAAGAAAAUGUUUCAAGUGGAGGAGGUGAACUGCAUUUGUGUGGAUUGGAGACGUGGGGCCCGGACACAAUAUACCCAAGCUGUCCACAACAUUCGGGUCGUGGGAGCACAGAUAGCUUUCUUAAUACAAGGACUGUCGACCGAGCUGGGCUACGGUCCCGAGAACGUGCACCUCAUCGGCCACAGCCUGGGCGCGCACGCGGCUGCGGAGGCGGGCAGGAGACUGGAGGGCAGCGUGGGCAGGAUCACAGGACUGGAUCCGGCAGAGCCCUGCUUCCAGGGCACGUCUGAGGAGGUUCGGCUGGACCCGUCCGAUGCCAUGUUUGUGGAUGUGAUUCACACGGACAUUGCUCCCAUAGUCCCUUUCCUAGGUUUUGGAAUGAGCCAAAAGGUGGGCCAUCUGGAUUUCUAUCCAAACGGAGGAAGGCAGAUGCCUGGAUGUCAGAAAAAUAUUCUCUCAACCAUUAUUGAUAUAAAUGGACUAUGGGAAGGAACCCGAGACUUCGCAGCUUGCAAUCACCUGAGGAGCUACAAGUAUUACGCAAGCAGCAUCCUCAACCCUGAUGGCUUCCUGGGCUACCCAUGUGCCUCCUACAAUGAGUUUGAAGAG